GCUCGCCGGCUCACACAAAAAUGUCAACGCGCUGACGACUCAGACUUCUUCCGUAAACAGUUGAGUCCAAUAUCCAAUAGAGUUCGAUGGGUCAAAAAGUGUCGCGCAGUGACUUUGAGUGGGUGUACACGGAGGAGCCCCACGCCUCGCGGCGCAAGAUCAUCCUGGAAAAGUACCCGCAAAUUAAGAAGCUCUUUGGACAUGACCCCAACUUCAAAUGGGUUGCCGGAGCGAUGGUGCUCACCCAAAUCCUGGCGCUGUUCGUCGUGAAGGAUCUGUCGUGGUCGUGGCUGUUGGUGGCCGCCUACUGCUUCGGCGGAAUCAUCAACCAUUCGCUGAUGCUGGCUGUGCACGAGAUUUCCCACAACUUGGCCUUUGGCCACAGCCGCCCGAUGCACAACCGUAUCCUGGGAUUUAUUUGCAACCUGCCCAUCGGUCUGCCCAUGAGCAUUUCCUUCAAGAAGUACCACCUGGAACAUCACCGUUACCAAGGUGACGAGACUAUAGAUACGGACAUACCAACACUUCUGGAGGCACGCCUGUUUGACACGACAUUCGGAAAGUUCCUGUGGGUGUGCCUACAGCCGUUCUUUUACAUUUUCCGUCCAUUGGUGAUAAACCCAAAGCCACCGACGCGCCUCGAGAUCAUCAACACCGUUGUGCAGUUGACGUUUAAUGCAUUGAUCGUUUACUUUUUGGGCUGGAAGCCAUUGGCCUACCUGCUGAUCGGCAGCAUUCUGGCUAUGGGUCUUCAUCCGGUUGCCGGGCACUUCAUCUCAGAACACUAUAUGUUCGCCAAGGGCUUUGAGACGUAUUCCUAUUACGGCCCGUUGAACUGGAUCACAUUCAAUGUGGGAUACCAUAAUGAGCAUCACGACUUCCCUGCGGUUCCUGGAUCCCGUCUGCCGGAGGUGAAGCGUAUUGCCAAGGAAUUCUACGAAACAAUGCCGCAGCACACCAGUUGGACUCGUGUCUUGUAUGACUUCAUUAUGGACCCAGCAGUUGGUCCUUAUGCUCGUGUAAAGCGUCGCCAGCGCGGCUUGGCCUCAUAAGUGAUUGGAUGAUGAUGAUAUUUCAAGGUUUCCUGGCACGAAUGCAAUCUCAGCGUUUGACAUAAAGCGACUCUUUAUACAUGUAUAUUGUAGACACAUUUACCACGUCAGGAGGAGUAAAUGGACACCUGCUAAUCUCCAAAGAAGACGAUUAGAUAAAGAAGGCACUCAGACACUCGCAACGUUUGAUUUGAGCAAUUACGUGUAUAUAUAUAUAUUAUCUGGUAUUAAUGCUAGACUGUGAGCUUAGUUUGGAUCGGUGGCCUGGCUAAGGGAACAUUUUCAAGCGCUUUAAUUAAUUGUUACCUCAUAAGUUGAAAAGCCUAUUAAAUCUAGUGUGUAAACUACUUGUCCUAUUGUACUAUUGAACUAGAUUUUUCGAUGCAUAUAUAUUUAUAUUGCUUUCAAGAACAUAAAUGUAACGUCACUGCUCUA